AUGGCCACAAAACAAGAGCUUUUUCGCGUUGAAAGCGCUUCCGAGUGGGCUAAAAAAAACGGAAUCACGACAUGGACAAAGUUCCAUUACGGUUCUCAACCAGAGCAGUCAAUCUUCACACCCCUUGACACAUGGGGCCAUUCUCUCCGCCAACCUUACUACGGUCCUAUCAUUGAGUCCAGUCAACAGUAUUUUCUCGCCGUCAAUUGGGAGACGGAGGAGGAAUGGGACAAAUUCAAAUUGUCCCCCGAGCAUCAGCAACUAAUGGCCAAUCUGACAAGCAACAACGUGCAGCCGGAGACCAAGAUUGUUAUAUUUACCGGUAACAUGUUCGCUAUUGGAUUCACCUCUAACGUCGAGAUUUUCACUGCAUACUGGCCGUCGUCUAUCACUCAUGAGGCUCAAGCAGCCAUUCGCAAAACCGAGCAACUUGUGCAUCGGGCAGAAAGCGGAAUACCCAACCCACUCUGUUACUACAAGAAACCAAUGUUUGGAUGGAUAGAUGGCCAAAGAGAAUGGAAUGGAGAAAGCGCUAUUGCCAGUGUUUGGACCCACAAGUGGAAGAACCAGGAACUGGAACAAAAGUACAAAACGACUGAGAAGAGGCGUGUUUCGGGCAAUGAUGGAAGAUCCUAUAUGCUGGCUGUAGAUGUAUUUCAAGAUGACUUGGAAUCUCUCGGUGCUAUUGGAUGGGAUUCAGUCCAUGUAGCUUUCGAGCGUGUUCGAGUUGUGAAAGAGGAUGCUCUAGCGCAUGGCGAAGUAUCUACUGCAGGUACUCCUACAAAGACUGGCUUCCAGCUCUCAAAGACCAAACUAAACCCUAAUAAACAGUCAUCGGUCGGGUCUCCUGAUUCUGAAACCGACUCUACUCGCUUCACAAGUACUACUUUGCCCAGUAUCAACAGCCCCGAGCCAUCCCAGCUCUCUACUGGGAGUACUGUGAUAAAGAGUGACAUUCCGGAGCCUCCACUCCCCCAAGCCAGUACAGAUGCGUCUAUCACUGGUCCAAGUACUUCAUCUGAUGACACUUCUAGAGCUGAAGCCUCUUCAACUAUCUCAGCUGGACUCGGGACAACCAGAGCUGAGAAUUCGGAACAGAUCAACCCUGCCACUGAGACUUUCUUACCUGAGCCAUCUGGUGUGAGUACCACCAGCACCGAGCAAUCCAGUGGAAGCGCGAACCUUUCUAUAGAUAACUUGACAACAACCCCAGUCACGAGCGAUAUUGGGUCUCCUCGAAUGAGCCAAAUAUUUCCACGAUUUCACCUUCCACAGAACGCAAUACUUCAUCACGAGUUGAGACAAGCGGGCCAAAAUCCCUUGCUCCUACCUUCAUCAGUCCCAGAAACACAGGUCAGUGGUGUGACCAGCGCCAUUUCUGUCAAAUCGACGCCUCCUUUGGGAGAAUACUCAACACGGGGUGAUGAUGCACCUUCCACUGACCCAGGUCACAUUAAAACUAGUGAUGGUGACAACAAGCAGCCCUCGUCAACUAGUACUUACUUUGUCGUACCUAUAACAACAUCCGUCACUAAGCCUGAGCCUCGGGAUGAUGGCUUCGUGGUACCUUGCAACAUGUGGUUCUUCAAUGCAUGUGUUGGGCCCAUUUCUGGAUGGGGAAUUUCUCUUCCACCUGGUACCUAUUCUCCUGGUCCUCCACCGGCCAUUUCCGACAACCCAAAAGGCGGUAUUGAGAUCAAUACGAACCAACCACUUCCAGACUCGCCCGGCUUCACUGUCGGUCCUGGAAACGCUCCGACGUUUUCAAGUGAGCCCACAGCCUGUGAGACCGAUUCGGCCGAAUUGUGUGUUACGAGCACAUCAUAUGGCGUUAGCAUUGAUGCCACGGUAACAAUUUCGGUGGCUAGUGGUGUAUUCUCCACUUGUGGCACUGUUUACGGUUGCAAGGUUCGGGGCCACAGCCAGACAAUAACGGGCACAGAUAUACCUACGGCUGCGUCGGGAAUACCAACAUAUAGGUCUCUUCGCGCCAUGGAAACCUGGGAUGAUAUGGAACUGAGCGAAGAACAACUUGGAAGUAUAGCCAACCGCGUGCAGUCAGACUUGGAUUCAAUGUUUGGCACUGCCACCAAGAGAGCAACAACGACGACAGGAGAUGCAUCUGAGCCUACAGAAUCAGUGUGGACGGGUACAUGUCCAGCCAAGAAUGGACCAGACCCAACAGUGGUUGAUGGGGAGUUCACUGAGAAUAUCGGAGAGAAGUGUCUCUGCAAGUGGAAUACCUGGAUGGAGAACGACAAGACUCUGCAGCCAUACACUGUCGACCAACUGAGAGACGCCAUAAACGACUUUUGUAACGGUUCCCGCAAACUCAGAAAGCCUACCCCGACAGGACUUCCAGAAAUUGCUGUGAAUCGGUUCCCAACAAAUGGCACGCACGGUAUAUUUAUCUUGGUCGGCUGGGCUACCCCGCCCCUCUGGAACUCCACGGACGAGAGGUGCAAGGCCAAUAGUGACCUUUUGUUAGCGGAUAGCUGUAAGGCUGCUUUAGAGAGAUUUGAAUGUCGCGGUGCAAACACAGAUGAGCUUUGGGGAGGAACUUACUACGAGGCGCUUGACGAGGGUGGUUGUGUGAAAUGGACGCUCACACCUGUCCACUUGCCUGACGGGGGAUCCGCUGGGCGGUGA